UUUCUGUAGCAAUCUCCUUGUCAAACAUGCCGUCGAAACCACUUGUCAAGAUAUGCGGUGUGCGGACAGUCGAGGCAGCAGUGACGGCGGCGGAGGCAGGGGCGGAUAUUAUCGGCAUGAUUUUUGCCCCUUCCCCGCGUCUUAUUGAUGUCUCGACUGGACAAGCCAUUGCACGGGCAGUCAAGCAAGCAUCUGGCGAUUCAGCUGACAUCGUCCACGUCAAGCACAUCCACGAUGGCAUCUGCGAGAACGCGACAGCGGCCGAGUUUUUCACCACGAGCGGGGCCAAGAUCCUAAAGUCCCGCAAGGGGCCGCUGUUGGCGGGUGUGUUCCAGAACCAGCCCUUGGAGCAUAUCCUUGCGGUGGUCGAGCAGGUGCCUCUGGACUUGGUGCAGCUGCACGGCACCGAGCCGAUCGAUCUGGCCAGGGAGAUCCCAGUGCCAGUGAUCAAGGUGUUCCAUGUCGACGAUACAUUCUCGGUGGAGGAUUCCGAUUUGUUCAAGACGUUCCGGCACUCGGUUGUGCUGCUAGACACUAAGGUUGCGGGCACCACUCAGCAGGGCGGGCGGGGAGUGAGCUUUGACUGGACAAUCGCACGCCGGCUGGCGGACAGCGGGCUGCCGUUCAUAAUGGCUGGCGGUCUAACACCAGACAAUGUGAGGGAGGCGGUGGAUGUGGGCAGACCAUGGGGAGUUGAUGUGUCGAGUGGCACUGAGACGAACAAGGCCAAAGACCCAGCCAAAAUUACAGCGUUUGUCGCCAAUGCCAAACAAUGAGCUACGGGGGUAUAUUAGAAUUAGUGAGUAAGGAAAGGAUUUAUAGAGUGUGUAUAGUACACAUGGGUGUGGAUUGGGGGUGUCUAGCUGAAGGCCUGGGCGCUGUGGUGCCA